AUGUCUUCCAAUUUGCAAUCUGGCAGCAAGUCAACGUUAAGAUCGGCUUCCAUCGGCUCGAGUUUCUUUAACAAGGACUCAUCUAGUUUUUUCGUCAAAGAAGACGCAUCUGGCACUGACGAUUCCACCACCAUCGAUGAUUCCUCUAAUACGCCUGUGCCCUCAGAUUUAGAUAUUGUUGGCGCUCUAGGCACCUUGGAUCUUGAUGCAGAGCUAGAGAACAAGCUGAGUGUUCCCGUUGCUGCUGAAAAGUCAAAGCUGUCAACUCCCUUCUCGCAACAACCUCAGUUUUUGCACAAUGUUCCUCAUUCGACAACUUUGACGGGAAAUCCGAGAGUUGCCGCCCAAGUUGCCGCCGUCAACCCGUCUGCCGUUCCCUACGGUUCAUUGACACCCAAUCAUCCAUCCGUGGGGGCAUUCGAGUCGAUUCCCGGGUCUCUCACGAAUCCUGGCUCUACUCCUUCGUCCACUUGGAGAAACAACUUUGUGCCCUUUUCUGCCCCUCCGUUUGCGUAUCCGGUCACUGAUCCUGCUGCGGUAUCAGAGUUGGCUAUGCUGAUUGCUCCAUUUGAGUUACCGGAUGAGAAGAGGGCAAAAGAUGCUGAAUCGUCUGGCCUCAAUGUUGGAAACACCAACAUCAUCGCUUCCCCACAGGGUAUGCACCCAUUUGGUGGAGUGUUGGAUUCCAGAUUCGCAUUCGGCAACUUCUCUGAGCCAUUUGCCUUUCAGGAGUACUCCAGAGAAUUAGAAACCCCCGACAAGGACAAGAAGCAAUUCAACAUGAACAACCAGGAGAAAAUGGCACCUUUGAUGUCGCCAAACAUCAACUUAUGGAACCAGCCUCCGCAGUACUACGUGAACAGAAGCCCAUCUGAGAAUGCUGCUGGACCCGUCGAGCAGUUUGCUUCUAAUCCGAUGCCAUCGAAUAAUCAUAAUCGCUUCAACAAUAAUUACGGCAAUAACUCUGGCCAUGGCAACAACUAUCACCAGUACAAUGGCCGUCGUAACUUCAACAUGAACUCGGGAGUCAAUGUGCACCGCAAGAUGCACAAUUCAAACCGCAGAAAGGGUGACGACGCUGCCAAGUACGCUAAUGCCAAGUUGGAAGACUUUACUGGCGACAUAUACUCGUUGUGCAAAGACCAACAUGGCUGUAGAUUCUUGCAGAAGCAGUUGGAUUUAGGCAGAGAGUUGGCCAGCUCUGACCGACGUGGAUCCGAAGUGUUGGCCAGUGAUGUUACCGCCACCAUGAUUUUCAACGAGAUAUACUUGAAGAUUGUGGAGUUGAUGACUGAUCCGUUCGGCAACUACUUGAUUCAGAAGCUUUUUGAGAAUGUUUCGCCUGACCAGCGUUUUAUCUUGGUCAGAAACGCUGCCCCCGAAUUCAUCCGUAUUGCCUUGGAUCCUCACGGUACCAGAGCCUUGCAAAAGCUUGUGGAAUGUGUUUCGACCCAAGAGGAAUCGCAAUUAAUUAUUGAAAGCUUGUCUCCUCAUGUGGUGACAUUGUCUCGAGACUUGAACGGAAAUCAUGUUGUUCAGAAGUGUUUGCAAAGAUUGAGUCCAGAAGUUAAUCAGUUCAUCUUUGACUCUGCAUCCGCUCACUGCAACGAGAUCGCAACUCACAGACACGGCUGCUGCGUUUUGCAGAGAUGUUUGGAUCAUGGCAACUUGGAACAGAGAAAGCAGCUUUCAAUGAAGGUUGCAGAGAAUGCUACCAAUUUGUCUUUGGAUCCGUUCGGCAACUACGUUGUUCAAUAUGUUUUGUCGCGUGGUGACGAGCAAUCAAUUGCUGUGAUUGUGGACCAUAUUCGCAAGAACAUCGUGCUGAUGUCGUUGCAUAAGUUCGGUUCCAAUGUGAUUGAGAAGUCGUUACGUAUUGGGAAGUUCACUGAUACCAUUGUCGAUGUAUUGAUGGCAAAUAACGAGAAGUUUGGAGUAAUGUUGAAUGAUCCAUACGGAAACUAUGUGCUUCAGACCACAUUAGAUAUGGCCAAGAGCGAGGACUUGACCAAGUUGGCGCUGAUGUUGCAGCCGUUGUUGCCCAACAUCAAGAAUACUCCACACGGGCGUCGGAUCAUGACCAAGAUCCAGAACAUCGCCUGA